AUGGCGUCCCUCCGCUUACCCCGACUAAUACGCCCGUCCGGUCGUCGACUAUACUCGGCUGCGGCGUCGCCAUCGUCACGACUGAACCUGCCCAUUGACUACAAAUCCACUCCGCUCCUCCAUCACACAUCGUCCACGAUCUCCGAAAGCCUCGAACUCCCCGGCUCGGCAACCUCGAAAUCCAUGAACCUCUACCAAGCCAUCAAUUCCGCCCUACGCACAGCACUCAGCAAGUCCGAGAAGGUGAUGCUUUUCGGCGAAGAUGUCGCCUUCGGAGGUGUCUUUCGCUGCUCGAUGGAUCUACAAACAGAAUUCGGGUCGGAACGUGUAUUCAACACCCCAUUGACCGAGCAAGGAAUCGUCGGAUUUGCCAUUGGCGCCGCAGCGCAGGGCAUGAAGCCGGUGGCGGAGAUCCAGUUCGCGGAUUAUGUCUUCCCAGCUUUCGAUCAGAUUGUCAACGAAGCCGCGAAAUUCAGAUACCGUGAAGGUGCCACGGGGGUCCAUGCUGGUGGCAUGGUGGUGCGGAUGCCAUGUGGUGCGGUUGGACACGGCGCUUUAUAUCACUCACAGUCGCCCGAGGCGCUUUUCGCACACGUCCCGGGUGUCCAGGUUGUUGUUCCACGUUCGCCAUCGCAAGCGAAGGGCCUUCUCUUGUCUUCCAUUUUUGAGAGUAAUAACCCCGUCAUCUUCAUGGAGCCGAAGUGUUUGUACCGGGCGGCGGUCGAGCAUGUUCCGAACGAGUACUACACGAUCCCGCUCAGUAAGGCGGAGAUUCUGAAGCCAGGAAACGAUGUCACGCUUAUCUCCUACGGCCAGCCGCUGUAUCUGUGCUCCGCAGCCAUUGCUGCCGCGGAGAAGGCCCUUGGUGUCAGUGUGGAGCUGAUUGAUCUACGCACUAUCUACCCGUGGGAUCGGCAGACGGUCCUCGAUAGUGUGAAGAAGACCGGCAGAGCAAUUGUGGUCCACGAGAGCAUGAUCAACUAUGGAGUCGGUGCUGAGGUGGCUGCUACUAUCCAGGACCAGGCAUUCUUGCGGUUGGAGGCACCCGUCAAGCGGGUUGCGGGAUGGAGUACACAUACAGGACUUCAAUAUGAGAAGUUCAUCCUGCCUGACGUUGCUCGGAUAUACGACGCCAUUAAGCAGAGCAUUGAGUACUAAGUUGGUCGGAUCAUAUGUUCAAACAGUUCGGUUAUAUUGCAUGGAUGGCGAUAGCUAUGCAUC